CAGAGUUAGCGUCCUCGUCAUGGCGGAUUCCGGAGCAGGUUUGCAGGGAUACCUGCUUCGGCUGCAGGAGUCCUUAUCCACCGCGGACCGCUACAAUGCUGCGUCGGCCAGUUAUCAGCUGAUCCGCGGCCUGGGGCAAGAGUGCGUCCUGAGUACCAGCCCUUCGGUUGUGGCAUUACAGACUGCCUUAGUUUUUUCCAGAGAUUUUGGUUUGCUUGUAUUUGUUCGGAAAUCACUUAACAUUGAUGAAUUUCGUGAUUGUAGAGAAGAAGCCCUAAAAUUUUUAUAUGUUUUCUUAGAAAAAAUUGGUGAGAAGAUUAUGCCUUAUGCUUUUGAUAUUAAGAGUAUUUGUACCAGUGUUUAUACAAAAGAUAGAGCUGCUAAAUGUAAAAUUCCAGCCCUAGAUCUUCUCAUUAAGUUACUUCAGACUUUGAGAAGCUCUAGACUCAUGGAUGAAUUUAAAAUUGGAGAGUUAUUUAAUAAAUUCUAUGGAGAACUUGCAUCGAAAGCAAAAAUACCAGACACAGUUCUAGAGAAAGUGUAUGAGCUCCUUGGAAUAUUAGGAGAAGUUCAUCCUAGUGAGAUGAUAAAUCAUUCAGAUAAUCUAUUUCGGGCUUUUCUGGGUGAGCUUAAGACUCAGAUGACAUCAGCAGUAAGAGAGCCCAAACAACCUGUCUUGGCUGGCUGUCUGAAAGGACUGUCCUCGCUUCUGUGUAACUUUACUAAGUCUAUGGAAGAAGAUCCACAGACUUCAAGGGAGAUUUUUGAUUUUGCACUAAAAGCAAUUUGUCCUCAGAUUGAUCUGAAGAGAUAUGCUGUCCCCUUGGCUGGCCUACGCUUAUUUACUCUGCAUGCAUCUCAAUUUAGUACCUGCCUUUUGGAAAACUACAUUUCUUUAUUUGAAGUACUAUCAAAGUGGUGUAGCCAUAUGAAUGUAGAACUGAAAAAAGCUGCAUAUUCAGCCCUGGAAUCCUUUUUGAAACAGAUUUCUUUUAUGGUGGCAAAAGAUGCAGAGGUGCAUAAGACUAAGCUCCAGUACUUUAUGGAACAAUUCUAUGGAAUCAUCAGAAACACAGAUUCAAACAACAAGGAGUUAUCCAUUGCUAUCCGUGGAUAUGGACUCUUUGCGGGACCUUGUAAGGUUAUAAAUGCAAAAGAUGUUGACUUCAUGUACAUUGAGCUCAUUCAGCGCUGCAAGCAAAUGUUCCUCACCCAGACAGACACUGUUGAUGACCAUGUUUAUCAGAUGCCCAGUUUCCUCCAGUCUAUUGCAAGUGUCUUGCUUUACCUUGACACAGUUCCUGAGGUGUAUACUCCAGUUCUGGAACAUAUCAUAGUGGUACAAAUAGACUGUUUCCCACAGUAUAGUCCAAAAAUGCAGUCAGUUUGUUGUAAAGCCAUAGUGAAAGUUUUCCUAGCCUUAGCAGAAAAAGGACCAAUUCUCUGGAAUUGCAUUAGUACUGUGGUGCAUCAGGCUUUAAUCAGAAUAUGUUCUAAACCUGUGAUCCUUCAAAAGGGUGCUGACUCUGAAUCUAAAGACCAACGAGCCUCCGGGGAGGUUAGAACUGGCAAAUGGAAAGUACCCACGUAUAAAGACUAUGUGGAUCUUUUUAGAUAUCUCCUGAACUGUGACCAGAUGAUGGAUUUUAUUUUAGCAGACGAGACAUUUCUCUUUGUGAAUUCUUCCUUUCAAAGUCUGAAUCAUUUACUCUAUGAUGAAUUUGUAAAAUCCAUUUUGAAGAUUGUGGAGAAAUUGGAUCUUACACUAGAAAAACAGACUUUUGGAGAACAAGAGGAUGGAAAUGAGGCUACUGGUGUUUGGGUGAUCCCGACUUCAGAUCCAGCUGCUAACUUACAUCCUGCUAAACCUAAAGAUUUUUCAGCUUUCAUUAACCUGGUGGAAUUUUGCAGAGAGAUUCUCCCUGAGAAACAAGUAGGAUUUUUUGAACCUUGGAUGUAUUCAUUUGCAUAUAAGUUAAUUUUGCAGUCUACACGGUUGCCACUCAUCAGUGGUUUCUACAAAUUGCUUUCUAUUGCAGUGAGAAAUGCCAAGAAAAUAAAAUAUUUCGAGGGAGUUAGUCCAAAGAGUCUGAAAUGCUCUCCUGAGGACCCAGAAAAGUAUUCUUGCUUUGCUUUAUUUGCAAAAUUUGGUAAAGAGGUAUCAGUUAAAAUGAAACAGUACAAAGAUGAACUUUUGGCCUCCUGUUUGACCUUUGUUCUGUCUCUGCCACAUGACAUCAUUGAACUUGACUUUAGAGCCUACGUCCCUGCAUUGCAGAUGGCAUUCAAGCUGGGUUUAAGCUAUCCCCCGCUGGCAGAAGUAGGUCUGAAUGCUCUUGAAGAAUGGUCAAUUUAUAUCGACAAGCAUGUAAUUCAGCCUUAUUACAAAAAUAUUCUCCCCUGCCUUGAUGGAUACCUGAAGACUUCCACUUUAUCAGAUGAGGCCAAGAACAACUGGGAAGUGUCAGCACUUUCUCGAGCUGCCCAGAAAGGAUUUAAUAAAGUUGUGUUAAAGCAUUUGAAAAAGACAAAGAACACUUCAUCAAAUGAAACACUGUCCUUAGAAGAAAUAAGAAUUAGAGUAGUACAAAUUCUUGGAUCUCUCGGAGGACAAAUAAACAAAAAUCUUAUAACAGCCACGACUUCAGAUGAAAUGAUGAAGAAGUGUGUGGCGUGGGACAGAGAGAAGAGACUCAGCUUUGCAGUGCCUUUCAGAGAUAUGAAGCCUGUCAUUUAUUUGGAUAUAUUCUUGCCCCGGGUCACAGAAUUGGCUCUUUCAGCUAGUGACAGACAAACUAAAGUGGCAGCUUGUGAACUGUUACAUAGCAUGGUCAUGUUUAUGUUGGGAAAAGCCACUCAGAUGCCCGAAGGUGAUCAGGGUUCUCCGCCCAUGUACCAGCUAUAUAAACAUACUUUUCCUGUUCUGCUUCGCCUUGCUUGUGAUGUAGAUCAGGUGACAAGGCAACUUUAUGAGCCACUUGUUAUGCAACUGAUUCACUGGUUCACUAAUAAUAAGAAAUUUGAAAGUCAAGAUACUGUCGCCUUACUAGAAACCAUAUUGGAUGGAAUUGUGGACCCCAUCGACAGUACUUUAAGAGAUUUUUGUGGUCAGUGUAUUCGAGAAUUCCUCAAAUGGUCCAUUAAGCAAACAACACCACAGCAGCAAGAAAAGAGUCCAGUAAAUACCAAGUCACUUUUCAAGCGACUUUACAGCUUUGCACUUCACCCCAGUGCUUUCAAGAGGUUGGGAGCAUCACUGGCUUUUAAUAACAUCUAUAGGGAAUUCAGGGAAGAAGAGUCCUUAGUAGAUCAAUUUGUGUUUGAAGCCUUGGUGAUCUAUAUGGAAAGUCUGGCCUUGGCACAUGCAGAUGAGAAAUCCUUAGGUACAAUUCAACAGUGCUAUGAUGCCAUUGAUCACCUCACGCGCAUCAUUGAAAAGAAGCACAUUUCUUUAAACAAGGCAAAAAAACGACGUUUGCCACGAGGAUUCCCACCUUCGACAUCAUUAUGUUUAUUGGAUCUUGUCAAGUGGCUUUUAGCUCACUGUGGAAGGCCGCAGACAGAAUGUCGACAUAAGUCCAUAGAACUCUUUUAUAAAUUUGUUCCUUUACUGCCAGGCAACAAGUCCCCUUCUUUGUGGUUGAAAGAUGUUAUUAAGAAAGAAGAUAUUUCUUUUCUCAUAAACACAUUUGAGGGGGGAGGCGCAGGCUGUGAUCAGCUAUCAGGCAUCCUUGCUCAACCAACUCUCUUGCAUUUGCGAGGGCCAUUCAGCCUGCGAGUGACCCUGCAGUGGAUGGACCUGUUCCUAGCAGCACUAGAGUGCUACAACACGUUCAUCGGGGAGAAGACUGUGGAAGCCUGCGAGGUCCUGGGUAUUGAAUCACAGUGUUCAGUUUGGAAGUCAGUGACUUUCUUUUUAGAAAGUAUUGCUAUGAAAGAUAUUACAGCAGCAGAAAAGUGUUUUGGCACUGGGACAGCAGGAGAUAGACCCAGCCCACAGGAGGAGGAAAGGUACAACUAUAGUAAAUGCACAAUUGUGGUCCGGGUCAUGGAAUUUACCACAACCCUGCUCAACACCUCUUCAGAAGGAUGGAAGCUCCUGGAGAAGGAUUUGUGUAACAAAAGCCUUUUAAACCUCUUGGUGAAAACACUGUGUGAGCCCAUGAGCAUAGGUUUCAAUAUUGGUGAUGUCCAGGUCAUGGAUCAUCUUCCCAGUGUUUGUGUGAACCUGAUGAAAGCACUAAAGAAGUCUCCAUACAAAGACAUCCUGGAGACUUGCCUGAAGGAAAAUCUAACAGUACAGAGCAUUGAGGAGCUUUGUGCCAUUGACUUGUAUAGCCCUGACACUCACUUGGAGAGGACCAAGCUGACUUCGGUCGUGUCAGCCUGUAAACAGCUUCACAGAGCUGGCUAUUUGCACAUUAUAUCACCACCUCAGUGUAUAGCCUCACAUCAUUCUGUUGGCACAAGACUUCUCUUCCUGGUUUAUAAAGGGAUUGCACCUGGAGAGGAACAGUGUCUGCCAUCAUUGGACCCUAGCUGUAAGCACCUGGCCAGUGAACUCCUGGAGUUGGCCUUUGCUUUUGGAGGACAGUGUGAGCGCCUGGUGAGUCUGCUCCUGAAUGAAGCGCUGCUGUUCAUGCCAUCCUUGGGUAACUCAGAGAAAAGCAUUAUUAGGUUCUCCCAUGGGGAGUAUUUCUAUAGCUUGUUCUCAGAAACAAUCAACGCUGAGCUGUUGAAAAAUAUAGACCUUGCUGUAUCAGAGCUCAUGAAAUCAUCAGUGAACAAUCCCAAAAUGGUGAGUGCUGUUUUGAAUGGUAUGUUAGAUCAGAGCUUUAGGGAUCGAGCCAUUCAGAAACACCAAGGACUGAAGCUUGCGACCACAAUUCUGCAGAACUGGAGGAAGUGUGAUUCAUGGUGGGCCAAGGAUUCUGCUCCAGAAAGUAAAAUGGCAGUACUGGCUUUAUUGACAAAAGUUUUACAGAUUGAUUCAUCUGUCUCUUUUAAUACAAAUCAUAACUCAUUCCCUGAAGUCUUUACAACAUAUACUAGUCUCCUUGCUGAUUCAGAGUUGGGUCUGCACUUGAAGGGCCAAGCUGUAAUUCUUCUUCCAUUCUUUACCAGCCUGACUGGAGACAGUCUGGAGGACCUUAAGCAUGUUCUAGAAAUGCUCAUUGUUUCUAAUUUCCCCAUGAACUCUAAUGAAUUUCCCCCGGGAACUCUGAGGUACAAUAAUUAUGUGGAUUGCAUGAAAAAGUUUCUAGAUGCAUUGGAAUUAUCCCAAAGCCCUAUAUUGUUACAGUUGAUGACAGAUAUUCUUUGUCGAGAACAGCAGCAUGUUAUGGAAGAAUUAUUUCAAGCUACUUUCAAAAGGAUUGCCAGAAGGAAUUCAUGUGUCACACAGUUAGGCCUUCUAGAAAGUGUAUACAGAAUGUUCAGGAGGGAUGACCUUCUUUCAAAUGUUACUCGACAAGCUUUUGUAGAUCGCUCUCUCCUCACCCUACUGUGGCACUGCAGCCUGGAUGCUCUGAAAGAAUUUUUCAGCAAAAUUGUGGUGGAUGCCAUUGAUGUGUUGAAUUCCAGAUUUACAAAGCUAAAUGAAGCUACUUUUGAUACUCAAAUCACCAAGAAGAUGUGCUAUUAUAAGAUGCUAGAUGUGAUGUAUUCUCGUCUUCCUAAAGAUGUUGUUCACUCUAAGGAAUCUAAAAUCAAUCAAGUUUUCCAUGGUUCCUGUAUUACAGAAGGAAAUGAACUUACAAAGACACUUAUUAAAUUGUGCCAUGGUGCAUUUACAGAAAACAUGGCAGGCGAGAGCCAGUUGCUGGAGAGGAGAAGGCUUUAUCAUUGUGCUGCAUACAACUGUGCCAUUUCUGUUAUCAGCUGUGUCUUCAAUGAAUUGAAAUUUUACCAAGGAUUUUUGUUCAAUGAAAAACCAGAAAAGAACAUGCUUAUUUUUGAAAAUCUGAUAGAUCUGAAGCGCUGCUAUACAUUUCCUGUAGAAGUUGAGGUUCCUAUGGAAAGAAAGAAAAAGUACAUGGAAAUUAGGAAAGAAGCCAGGGAGGCAGCAAAUGGGAAUUCAGAUGGUCCUCAUUAUAUGUCUUCCUUGUCAUAUUUGGCAGAUAGUAGCCUGAGUGAGGAAAUGAGUCAAUUUGAUUUCUCAACUGGAGUUCAGAGCUAUUCUUAUAGCUCCCAAGACCCUAAAUCUACCACUGGUCAUUUUCGGAGACGGGAACAUCAAGACCCCAAGAUCCAAGAGGAUGUCCUAGAAUUAGAGAUGGAUGAGCUCAAUCAACACGAAUGUAUGGCGCCCAUGGUAGCCCUGAUUAGGCACAUGCAGAGAAAUCUGAUCCCACUCAGAGAAGAAGAGGGUUCAGUGCCAAAAGAUCUUCCUCCUUGGAUGAAAUUUCUUCAUGACAAACUAGGAAAUUCAUCUGUACCAUUAAAUAUCCGUCUCUUCUUAGCCAAACUUAUUAUAAAUACAGAAGAAGUCUUUCGCCCUUAUGCAAAGAAUUGGCUUAGCCCUUUGUUGCAACUGGUCGUUUCUGAAAACAAUGGCGGAGAAGGAAUUCACUACAUGGUGGUCGAGAUUGUGGCUACUGUUCUUUCAUGGACAGGCUUGGCUACCCCUAUAGGAGUCCCUAAGGAUGAAGUGUUAGCAAAUCGAUUGCUUCAUUUUCUAAUGAAACAUGUCUUCCAUCCCAAAAGAGCUGUGUUUAGACACAACCUUGAAAUUAUAAAAACCCUCGUAGAAUGCUGGAAGGAUUGUCUGUCCAUCCCUUACAGGUUAAUAUUUGAAAAGUUUUCCAGCCAGGACCCCAAUUCUAAAGACAAUUCCAUAGGGAUUCAGUUAUUAGGUAUUGUAAUGGCCAAUAACUUGCCUCCCUAUGACCCAAAGUGUGGCAUAGAGAGUAUCAAAUACUUUCAAGCUUUGGUCAAUAAUAUGUCCUUUGUAAAAUAUAAAGAGGUUUAUGCAGCAGCAGCAGAAGUUCUAGGACUUAUUCUUCAAUAUGGUACUGAGAGAAAAAAUGUCUUGGAGGAGUCGGUGUGUGAACUGGUUGUGAAACAGUUGAAGCAACAUCAGAAUACUAUGGAGGACAAAUUUAUUGUGUGCUUGAACAAAGCAGUGAAGGGUUUCCCUCCCCUGGCUGACAGGUUCUUGAAUGCCGUAUUUUUUCUGCUGCCAAAAUUUCAUGGCGUUAUGAAGACGCUUUGUCUAGAGGUGGUACUUUGUCGUGCAGAGGAAAUAACAGACCUGUAUUUUCAGUUAAAGAGCAAGGACUUCAUUCAAGUCAUGAGACAUAGAGACGAUGAAAGACAAAAAGUAUGUUUGGACAUAAUUUAUAAGAUGUUGGCAAAAUUGAAACCAGUAGAACUCCGAGAACUUCUGAAUCCUGUAGUGGAAUUUGUUUCCCAUCCUUCUCCAAUUUGUAGGGAACAAAUGUAUAAUAUUCUCAUGUGGAUUCAUGACAAUUAUAGAGAUCCAGAAAGUCAAACAGAUGAUGACUCCCAGGAAUUAUUUAAGUUGGCAAAAGAUGUGCUGAUUCAAGGAUUGAUUGAUGAGAACCUUGGGCUUCAAUUAAUUAUUCGGAAUUUCUGGAGUCAUGAAACUAGGUUACCUUCAAAUACCUUGGACCGAUUAUUAGCACUAAAUUCCUUAUAUUCACCUAAGAUAGAAGUUCACUUUUUAAGCUUAGCAACAAAUUUUCUUCUUGAAAUGACCAGCAUGAGCCCAGAUUAUCCAAACCCCAUGUUUGAACAUCCUCUGUCAGAAUGCACAUUUCAGGAGUAUACCAUUGAUCCUGAUUGGCGUUUCCGAAGUACUGUUCUCACUCCAAUGUUUAUUGAGACCCAGGCCUCCCCAAGCACUCUGCAGACCCGAACCCAGGAAGGCUUCCUUCCAGCUCAGUGGCCAAAGGCUGGGCAAGUUCGGGCUACCCAACAGCAAUAUGAUUUCACCCCUACACAAACUUCAGAUGGAAGAAGCUCGUUUAAUUGGCUGACUGGGAGCAGUAUUGACCCAAUGGCAGAUUAUACGAUCUCUUCAUCUGAUUCAUUGUCUUCUUCCUUGUUGUUUGCCAACAAGAGGAAGGAAAAGUCUCAGAGAGCUCCCUGGAAGUCAGUGGGACCUGAUUUUGGGGGAAAAAGGCUGGGCCUUCCUGGGGAUGAGGUGGAUAACAAAGUGAAAGAUGGCACAGACAGCCGAGCAGAAAUACUAAGGUUGCGCAGACGAUUUUUAAAGGACCAAGAAAAACUCAGUUUGAUGUAUGCCAAAAAAGGCCUUGAUGAUCAAAAACGAGAGAAGGAGAUCAAGAGUGAGUUAAAAAUGAAGCAGGAUGCCAGGGUUGUUCUGUACAGAAGUUACCGUCAUGGAGACCUUCCUGACAUCCAGAUUCAGCACAGCAGCCUGAUCACCCCAUUGCAGGCUGUGGCCCAGAGAGACCCAAUAAUUGCAAAACAGCUCUUUAGUAGCUUGUUUUCUGGGAUUCUGAAAGAGAUGGAUAAAUUUAAGACGAUGUCUGAAAAAAACAACAUCACUCAAAACUUGCUUCAAGACUUCAACCGUUUUCUUAAUACCACUUUUUUUUCCUUUCCACCUUUUGUCUCUUGCAUCCAGGAAAUCAGUUGCCAGCAUGCAGACUUCCUGAGCCUUGACCCAGCCACUGUCCGUGCUAGCUGCCUAGCCAGUCUACAGCAGCCUGGGGGUAUCCGCCUUCUUGAGGAGGCACUGCUUCACCUAGCCCCUGCAGAGCCGCUCAGCAAGCGAAGUCGGGGCAAGACCUGCCUCCCUCCUGACAUCCUCCGAUGGAUGGAACUUGCUAAAUUAUAUCGAUCAAUUGGAGAAUAUGAUGUCCUCCGGGCUAUUUUUAGCAGUGAGAUAGGAACAAAGCAAGUCACUCAGAAUGCAUUAUUAGCAGAAGCCAGAAAUGAUUAUUCUGAAGCUGCUAAACAGUAUAAUGAGGCUCUUAAUAGACAAGAGUGGGAGGAUGGUGAGCCCACAGAAGCUGAGAAAGACUUCUGGGAACUGGCCUCCCUUGACUGUUACAGCCAUCUCUCUGAGUGGAAAUCACUUGAGUACUGUUCUACUGCCUGUGUAGACAGUGAUCUAAACAAAAUGUGGAGUGAACCACUUUAUCAGGAGAUGUUUCUACCCUACAUGAUCCGCAGCAAGCUGAAGCUCCUGCUUCAAGGUGAGGGCGACCAGUCCCUGCUGACCUUCAUGGAUGAGGCCAUGCAGCAGGAGCUGCAGCAGGCUUUCAUCAAGCUGCAGUACAGUCAGGAGCUGAGUCUCCUUUACAUCUUGCAAGAUGAUUUUGAUAGGGCCAAGUAUCACGUUGAAAACGGCAUUCAGAGUUUUAUGCAGAAUUAUUCUAGUAUUGAUGUCCUCUUACACAGAAGUAGACUCACCAAGUUACAGUCUGUACAAGCUUUAACAGAAAUUCAGGAGUUCAUCAGUUUUAUAACUAAACAAGAUAAUUUAUCAUCUCAGGUCCCCCUUCAGAGACUUCUAAAAACCUGGACAAACAGAUAUCCAGAUGUUAAAAUGGACCCCAUGAACAUCUGGGAUGACAUCAUCACAAAUCGAUGUUUCUUUCUCAGCAAAAUAGAGGAGAAACUGGUUCCUGUAUCAGAUGAUACCAGUAUGAGUGUGGAUGAAGAUGAGUAUUCCAGUGACAAGAGGGAAGUGAGCAGGCCCGAGGAAAGUGUUGGUUUCCUAAUCAAGAACUGCAGGUUUUCCAUGAAAAUGAAAAUGAUAGAAAGUGCACGGAAGCAGAACAAUUUCUCACUUGCCAUGAAACUACUGAAGGAGCUGCAUAAAGAGUCAAAAACUAGAGAUAACUGGCAGGUGAAGUGGGUGCACAGCUACUGCCGGCUGAGCCACUGCCGGAGCCACACCCAGACCCCUCCUGAGCAGAUACUCACCGUGUUGAAAACUGUCUCUCUCUUGGACGAGAACAGCACAUCAAGCUACUUAAGCAGAAAUAGUCUGGCUUCCUGUGAUCAGAACAUUCUCUUGGGAACAACCUGCAGAAUCAUGGCUAACGCUCUCAGCAGUGAGCCAGCCUGCCUUGCUGACAUCGGGGAGAGCAAAGCAAAGCGGAUCUUGGAGCUUUCUGGAUCCAGUGCAGAGAAUGUAGAGAGGGUGGUCAUGGGUCUGUACCAGAGAGCAUUCCUUCACCUCUCCAAGGCCGUAAGGACAGCUGAGGAGACCCAGUCAUUCUCCUGGGGCCAGGGGCCUGCAGCCGGGGUGAUUGAUUCUUAUAUGACGCUGGUGAAUUUCUGUGACCAACAACUUCACAAGGCAGAAGAGAAUGCAUCAGGUGAACCACGAAAAAAGAAAACAAUUAUUGAUUCUGUAGAACUGCAGGAGUAUCCAGCAAUUGUGGUGGAGAAAAUGUUGAAAGCCUUAAAAUUAAAUUCCACUGAAGCAAGGCUGAAGUUUCCUAGAUUGCUUCAGAUUAUAGAACAGUAUCCAGAGGAGACCUUGAGCCUAAUGACAAAAGAGAUUUCUUCCAUUCCUUGCUGGCAAUUCAUUGGCUGGAUCAGCCACAUGGUGGCAUUAUUGGACAAAGAGGAAGCUGUCGCAGUUCAGCACACUGUGGAAGAGAUUGCCAGUAGCUACCCACAGGCAAUCGUUUAUCCGUUUAUAAUAAGUAGCGAAAGCUAUUCCUUUGAAGAUACAUCUGCUGGUCAUAAGAAUAAACAGUUUGUGGCAAGAAUCAAAAAUAUGUUGGAUCAAGGUGGAGUGAUUCAAGACUUUAUUAAUGCCCUCGACCAGCUCUCUAAUCCUGAUCUGCUCUUUAAGGACUGGGUUGCUGAAAUAAAAGAUGAACUAGAAAAGAGCCCUGUAAAUAAAAAAAAAAUUGAAAAACUGUAUGAGAAGAUGUAUGCAGCUUUGGGUGACCUGCGAGCUCCAGGCCUGGGUCCCUUUCGAAGGAGGUUUAUCCAGGCCUUUGGGAAAGAAUUUGAUGAACACUUUGGGAAAAAAGGUUCUAAACUACCUAGAAUGAAACUCAGUGACUUCAAUGACAUCACCAACUCUCUGCUUUUAAAAAUGAGAAGAGACACAAAGCCACCUGGGAAUCUGAAAGAGUGCUCUCCCUGGAUGAGUGAGUUCAAAGUGGAGUUCCUGAGAAAUGAGCUGGAGAUUCCUGGUCAGUAUGAUGGCAGGGGAAAGCCACUGCCUGAAUACCACGCACGGAUCUCUGGGUUUGAUGAGCGGGUAAAAGUAAUGGCUUCUAUAAGAAAACCAAAGCGCAUCAUCAUCCGAGGCCAUGAUGAAAGGGAGUACCCAUUCCUUGUAAAAGGUGGUGAGGACCUUCGGCAGGACCAGCGCAUUGAGCAGCUCUUCGAAGUCAUGAAUGUCAUCCUCUCCCAGGAUUCUGCCUGCAGUCAGAGAAACAUGCAGUUAAGAACAUACCGUGUGGUGCCCAUGACCUCCAGAUUAGGAUUAAUUGAAUGGAUUGAAAAUACAUUUACCUUGAAGGACUUUCUUUUGAAUAACAUGUCACAAGAGGAGAAAAUGGCUUAUUUGAGUGAUUCCAGAGCACCAGUGAUGGAAUAUAAAGACUGGCUUAAGAAAAUGUCCGGAAAACAUGAUGCUGGAGCAUAUGCGCUAAUGUAUAAGAGAGCCAACCGUACAGAAACAGUCAUGGCUUUCAGAAAAAGAGAAAGUAAAGUACCUGCCAGUCUCUUAAAGAGGGCCUUCAUGAAGAUGAGCACAGGCCCCGAGGCCUUCCUGGCUCUUCGCUCCCACUUUGCCAGCUCCCACGCUCUGCUGUGUGUCAGCCACUGGCUUCUCGGGAUUGGAGACAGACACCUGAACAAUUUCUUGAUAACGAUGGAGACAGGCAGCAUGAUUGGAAUUGACUUUGGACAUGCAUUUGGAUCAGCUACCCAGUUUCUGCCAGUCCCUGAGUUGGUGCCUUUCCGUCUAACCCGCCAAUUUAUCAAUCUGCUGUUACCAAUGAAAGAAAUGGGCCUCAUGUACAGUGUCAUGAUACAUGCCCUGAGGGCCUUCCGUGCAGAGGCAGACCUGCUUAUUAACACCAUGGAUGUGUUUGUAAGAGAGCCCUCGUUUGAUUGGAAGAAUUUUGAACAAAAAAUGCUGAAAAAAGGAGGAUCAUGGAUUCAAGAAAUAAAUAUAACUAAAAAAAAUUGGUAUCCUCAGCAGAAGAUAUGUUAUGCUAAGAGAAAGUUAGCAGGUGCCAAUCCUGCAGUUAUUACUUGUGAUGAGUUACUUCUGGGCCAUGAGAAGUUUCCUGCCUUUGGGGAUUACACAGCUGUAGCUCGGGGAAGCAAAGAUCACAACAUUCGUGCCCGAGAGCCAGACAGUGGCCUUUCAGAAGAGACUCAAGUGAAAUGCUUGAUUGACCAGGCAACAGACCCUAAUAUCCUUGGCAGAACUUGGGAAGGAUGGGAGCCCUGGAUGUGAUAUCUGUUGAAGUUUGCAGCUAUAAAGCAUUAAAUUGUUUAAAGAAUCUCCUAAA